CACUGUGACUAAUUUUCACGUUGUGUAUUAACUCUUGGCGACUCGUACGCUACAUUACCUGCUCAAACUUAGUACAUAUUUUAUGUUACAUUAAUUAGUUACACAUCUUUGUUUGAUCUUAGGCCGUAUUUACAGAAACUUUGCUGGUUUUGUUAAUCAUUACAACCGUUUCGUUUCGCAUGUACAAAUGUUUUGUUGUGUUUAAAGAUGCCUUGCACUUGUUAGUUUUUGAUCGAGUUUCCCACAAAAAACACCAAAAUAUCCCAUUGUUACAAUGAUAACUUAUUCGUGAACAUGAGUUUAAAAUACAUAUUCUUAUUUUGGGUGUUGACGAUGAAGUGUUCCAGCCUUAUGUGCCUGGAAUAUUCAGAACGUUUUAAUGAGUCUGCCAUAAACACAAUACACACGGGCCAAAGUAAGCGGACGAGUAAAUUUCUUUUUGACACUAUUUUUCGCAUAAGUUCGGGAGUAUCGAAUGCCUUUGGACUUUCGGACACAGAAGACGAGACCGAGUAUACAGAAAACUCGAGCCUAAAGAAUUGUGAUUGUGAUUGUGGUUUUUCCAAUGAAGAGAUCCGUAUAGUAGGCGGUAAGCCCACCGGUGUAAACCAGUACCCUUGGAUGGCCAGAAUCGUGUACGACGGAAAGUUCCAUUGUGGUGGGUCCCUGCUUACCAAGGACUAUGUGCUCUCCGCCGCUCACUGCGUUAAGAAGCUGAGGAAGUCCAAAAUCCGUAUUAUUUUUGGAGACCACGAUCAAGAGAUUACUUCCGAGUCCCAGGCCAUUCAACGGGCUGUUACGGCCGUGAUAAAACACAAAAGCUUUGACCCAGAUACGUACAACAAUGACAUUGCCCUGUUGAGACUUCGCAAGCCCAUUUCGUUUUCUAAAAUCAUAAAGCCAGUGUGUCUGCCCCGCUUCAAUUACGAUCCUGCAGGUCGCAUUGGAACCGUUGUCGGCUGGGGUCGUACGUCCGAAGGAGGCGAACUACCGUCCAUCGUUAAUCAGGUUAAAGUUCCCAUCAUGUCCAUCACGGAGUGCCGGAAUCAGAAAUACAAAAGUACUCGAAUUACCUCAUCGAUGUUGUGCGCCGGUAGGCCAUCCAUGGACUCGUGCCAGGGCGAUAGUGGAGGACCGCUGUUGUUAUCUAAUGGAGUUAAGUAUUUUAUCGUCGGCAUCGUUUCGUGGGGCGUCGGAUGUGGCCGCGACGGAUAUCCGGGUGUUUACUCAAGAGUGAGCAAGUUCAUUCCGUGGAUUAAAUCUAAUUUAGAAAAUACAUGCCUGUGUUCUUAGUCAAAGUUGUAUGCAAAUACACGAACAUAUUUAUUGCCUAGCUAAGUCCGUUUUAAUACAAAGUGUCUUUGUUAUUACACCAUGCAAUCGAGAUUUAAAAUAAAAUUAAAGUUUCAUUUAAAA